AUGGAAGAAGGCAAAAAGGACCAAAUAGAGGUGUUGUAUGAUAAGACUAUUAAGAAUCAAGAUCAUCUUUUUAAAUUAAUCAUCAUUGGAGACUCUGGAGUUGGCAAAAGUUGUCUGCUAUCCAGAAUCAUGGAUAACACUUUUAAAGAAGAACACAAUGUCACUAUUGGUGUUGAAUUUGGAUGAUUUAUAGUCAAAGUCAAUAAGUCUGUCAUUAAACUCCAAAUUUGGGAUACUGCUGGACAAGAGUCUUUUCAGUCAAUCACAAGAAUAUUCUACAGAGGAGCUAAUUGUGUGUUCCUCACUUAUGAUAUUCAAAGAGAAGAAUCUUUCUUAAACAUAAAGAAAUGGCUGAAAGAAGCUAAGGUCCAGUCAGAUCCUGAUACACUGUUUUAUCUUAUUGGUAACCAAGCAGAUUGCGAAGACACUCGAGCAGUAACAAAACAAAGAGCAGAGGAGUAUAAGGUAAAGAUGAAACUUGAUGGCUUCUAUGAAACAUCUGCUAAGAAUGGCCAAAACGUAGAGUCUGCAUUCAUUGACUCGGCAAGGAAAUUGUAUAAGAUGACAACAGGAGAGGAUGAUAGCGAUAUGAUGCCCUCUCUAAGUGGAACCUCAACCGACACACAACAUGGACCUUCAAAAGCUAAACCGGAAAAGAAAGAAUUUACUAGGUUAAAAGUAGCAAAGCAUGCUUCAGGAUCGGAUAUAUCAGGGAAGAAAAAGAAGAGGUGAUGUUAA